AUGCUCUUCAAGUCGCUUUUACUUGCCUACGGGCUCCUUUCCACAGCCCAAGCAACUGCUCCAUUUACCUGGAACCACGAGACGUUUCUUCUCCAUGGCAAACCCUUCCAAAUUAUUGGGGGUCAAAUGGACCCGCAGCGCAUUCCAAACGAGCUUUGGGCCGAUCGCCUCUCCAAAGCACGGGCAAUGGGUCUAAAUACCAUCUUCUCCUACGUUUUUUGGGACCAACUCGAGCCUUCCAAGGGUACAUGGGACUCGAGCGGCAACAAUGACAUUGCUCGCUACUUCAAGACUGCCCAGGAGCAUGGGUUGAAUAUUGUUCUCCGUCCUGGACCUUAUAUCUGUGGCGAGCAUGAAUGGGGAGGAUUCCCAGCCUGGAUGAGCGAGAUACCCGGGAUGGUUGUUCGCGCGAACAAUAAACCUUUCCUGGCUGCGACUCAGUCUUAUAUUGAUAAUUUGGCCAAAGACCUGGAGGAUCUUUCCGUUAACAAGGGAGGUCCUAUUUUGAUGGUUCAGGUUGAGAACGAAUACGGCUCUUACGGGAACGAUCAUGAGUACGUGGGCGCUUUGCGAGACAUGGUCAAGAACGCAUUCGGUCUACCGUUGUAUACCAACGACGGCGGUGAGCAGUCGAUGCUCGAGGGUGGCCAGAUUCACGGGGCACUCGCCGAGACAGACGGUGACCCCAAGACAGGAUUCAGUGCUCGCGACCAGUAUGUCACCGAUCCAACUAGCCUGGGCCCGCAGCUUGACGGUGAAUACUACGUAACCUGGCUAGACCAGUGGGCUAGCAACAAGAGCUUUACAACCGACUCAGGGGAUUCUACCAGUAUCCAGAAUAUACAGUCUGACCUUGAUUGGAUUCUGAAGCAGAAUGGGUCAUUCAAUAUCUACAUGUUCCACGGAGGAACGAACUGGGGAUUCCAGAAUGGAGCUGACUGGAGUGAUUCCUUGGAACCUAUUAUCACGAGCUACGAUUACGGUGCACCGCUUGAUGAGAGUGGCAGGCCGAAUGAUAUUUACGAUGCUAUUCGCCAAACUAUUGGCUCCUAUGUUGGCGCUGAUAGUAUCCCAUCAGUCCCAGCGGACAAGCCACUGGUUGAGAUCCCAUCUAUCGAGCUGACACCCUCCGUGAGUCUGUUUGAUUCUUUGCUGAAGUCAGUCAAAAAGCAGUAUCCCGUCAACAUGGAAGCUCUUGGUCAAUCAACGGGAUUCACCUUGUACCGACAUGUUAUCACUGCGGCUACGACCGGUACUCUUCAACCUGGAGACACCCCAAGAGAUCGAGUCCUUAUCUAUGUCAACGGCCAUCGAGUUGGAGUCAUCGACAACAGCUACGCAGCACCGAGCACAGUCCAGCUAAACUUGAAGAAACACGAUGUUCUCGACUUAUUAAUCGAGAACAUGGGACGAGUCAACUACGGCCCAAGAAUAAUCGACCAGCGCAAAGGAAUUGUCGGAAACGUCACAGUCGGGGGCGACGUCCUAGCAAAUUGGGAUAUCUAUCCUCUUCCACUGGAAUCACCGCCCAGCCCAUCAUCGUCGAAUGCAAAGAAACCACAGCCUUCGGCUGGAUCCGGUCCUGUCUUCUAUACUGGCACAUUUGAUGUGGGUACCGUUGGCGAUACAUUCCUCGAGCUUCCGGGAUGGACUAAGGGUGCUGUUUGGGUGAAUGGUGUGAACUUAGGGCGGUAUUGGAUUAUUGGCCCGCAGCAAACGCUGUAUUUGCCUGGCGUUUAUUUGAAAGAGACUGGGAACAAGAUUGAUGUUCUUGCGCUGGAGCCUACGGGGAAUGAGGGCUUUGUUAGUGGUGUCACGUCUCGGAAAUGGGGGAAUCACCCAGACCCGGAUGCUCCUUAG